UGUUCCUAAGCUACUUGUUCUCCCUUCAACUUCAUCUGCUACUUCCUCAUUCUUCAAUUCUGGUUCUUGCCAUAGAUUCUCUAUUUGCGAUCCUUCUAAUUUCAGGCAUUCUUCAAAAGGGUGGAUUUUAACGAGGAUUAGAUUGCAUCAACAAAUAUCUGUGAUACGGAUCAAAUGAGUCAACAAGUCUAUUUUCACUCCGAAAGUAUCCAUUUCAGUGGCACCAACAUUUGUCUAGCUUCAGGAAAUGGAAUUAGUCUAGAUUGCCAUUAUGUACUAGAUGUUCAUGACAGCCAUUUGGAUCAGCACUUACAACCAUAUGUACAAGCUUUCAGCGCUAAUAGAAGUUCAUCAGAGAAUGCGAGAAUUGGUCCACAGAGAUAUCAUGACACAAAUGGUAGCAGAAGUGGCCACAGAUUUCCAUGGAGAUAUCAUGACACAAAUGGCAGCAGAAGUGGCCAUAGAUUUCCAUAUAGAUAUCAUGAUACAAAUGGCAGCAGAAUUGGCCACAGAUUUCCACAGAGAUAUCAUGACACAAAUGGCAGCAGAAGUGGCCACAGAUUUCCACGGAGAUAUCAUGACACAAAUGGCAGCAGAAGUGGCCACAGAUUUCCACAGAGAUAUCAUGACACAAAUGGCAGCAGAAGUGGCCACAGCUUUCCACGGAGAUAUCAUGACACUAAUGGCAGCAGAAGUGGCCACAGCUUUCCACAGAGAUAUCAUAAUACAACUGGCAGCAGAAGUGGCCACAGAUUUCCCCCUCCUCCUCCACAACAUCAUAGCUUUCAUCAUCAAGUACAGCCUGCACAAGUGAUCAUAGGUCACUCCUUCAACAUUCAUCCUCCUGUAACUGCACCUUCGUAUAGACUUCCAACAAAUCCUUCACACGGUUCUUCAAUCCUCAUACAUGAUGCUUUUGAGAUGGGUGCCAGGCAUCCUGGCUUUGCACCAUUUGCAGGUGCACGCAUACACCAGUCUCAUAGAGGCAACUUGCACGAGAUGAUAACUCUUAUACAUCAAAAUCUUCCUCCUGUGGUCUUUUUCUCAGAUGAUGAUGUUGCUUUACUGGUUGACCAUCAUACUGAUAUGCACUUGGACACUGAAGAUAUGUCUUAUGAGGACCUUCUUGAAUUAGGUGAGCAGAUUGGCAAUGCAAAAUCGGGUUUACCAGAGAAAACAAUUACAAGUCAAAUGAAGACCAAAACUUAUAUACUACCUACUAAUGCUACUAACUUGGAGGAGGCAGCUUCUGAGGAACAGGAAACUGAUCUUUGCAUAAUAUGCCAGGAUGAAUAUAAGAACAAAGAGAAUAUUGGAAUUCUUAGAUGCGGGCAUGAAUAUCACGCAGAUUGUUUAAGGAGAUGGUUACUUGAGAAAAAUGUCUGCCCCAUGUGCAAAUCAAUAGCAUUGACUCCUGGAGGAAAACAAUGAGAUUUACAUGUCUCUCUGUUCCUACAUGCACACUUCUUAGCUGCUACAUUUUCUCGAACGAAUUCAUAUUUUUUGUUAUGUAUAUGAACUUGUACAUAUACACAGUUUCAUUGUCCAACUCAAUUAUUUGUUGGCACCACUGCACCAGAAGAUUUAUGUGUAUAUCAAGUUGUACAGACUUCUGUUGAUAUGUUAGCUUUAGGCAAUUACAUUUUGCUUGUUUUUUAUUUCAGUUUUUUAUGUGAAUGGUUGAAUGUGUCAUGUCCAAGUAUAGAAUGAAACCUUUUUAUUCGUAUUGUU